AUGGUGGCAGUAGUUCACAUAAAUCUGUCCACCGACCGCCGGAGAAAAAGAACCUCGGGGGUCACUCAGCUGGGAAAGCCCCCGUCAAAAAAAGCCACAGUGCUCAACAAGGUGAACAAAGCUCCUCCAGCCCCAAUAGUACUGGAUGCAUCGGCUGCAGGUUUUGAAUGGGGCGCCUACUUGGAGAAGGAAAGCGCUCUGGCUGCAUCGGUGUCCUGCUUCAGACAUGCGCCCCUGUGUGCCCAGUGGGACGACAUCUUAAUGGGGAUGAAAGUGGAGGUCCUGAACACAAACGCAGUCCUGCCCAGUAAAGUCUACUGGAUCGCAAGUGUCAUCCAGAUUGCAGGAUACAAAGCUCUGUUGAGGUACGAAGGCUUUGAACACGACAGCAGCCGAGAUUUUUGGUGCAGCCUCGUCUCGGGGGAGCUGAACCCGAUUGGAUGUUGCGCCAUGACGAGCAAGCUGCUGGUGCCACCGCAAGAUGUGAAGCAGAACAUCCCAGAUUGGAAAGAAUACCUGAUGAAAAAGCUGGUGGGGGCCAACACCCUCCCUGUUGACUUCUACCUGAAGUUGGCGGAGAGCAUGCGGACCUCGUUCAGAAUCGGCAUGCGCGUGGAGGUCGUGGACCCCAAACACGUGAGUCAGACCCGCAUGGCCGCCAUCGACUCGAUCGUCGGUGGCCGCCUGCGGCUGGUGUACGAAGACCAAAGCGACGCCGCCGUCAACACCAUCUCUGAUUUCUGGUGCCACAUGUGGAGUCCCCUCCUGCACCAGAUCGGCUGGUCCACCAAAGUGGGUCACGCCAUCAAAGCACCUGCAAACAGUGGAGGGACCGCUGCCAAGGUCUGGAGGGGGAACUAUGACAGUUCGUUCCUGCUCUUUAAAAAGCCCAGGUUCGUUUACAUGGAGGGGGGUUUCUUUGAGGAAGGAAUGAAGCUGGAGGCCAUCGACCCUCUUAACCUCGGGAGCAUCUGUGUGGCCGCGGUACACAAGGUGCUGUUAGAUGGAUACCUGAUGGUGGGAAUCGAUGGCGCCGUAUCCAACAACGGCUCCGACUGGUUCUGUUACCACGCCUCGUCCCAUGCCAUCCUUCCCGUGGACUUCUGUAAGAAGAACAACAUCGCUCUCACCGUACCUCAAGGUUACGACUCUCAAACCUUCACCUGGGACAAAUACCUGAAGGACACCGAAGCUAAAGCUGCACCGACACGCCUGUUAAACACCGACUUCUCGGGUCACGGCUUCUCCCCCAACGUGAAGCUGGAGGCGGUGGACUUGAUGGAGCCGGGCCUGGUGUGCGUGGCCACCGUGAAGCGCUGCGUGGGCCGCCUGCUGCUCAUCCACUUCGACGGCUGGGAGGAUGAUUUUGACCAGUGGAUCGACCACCAGUCCCCGGACAUCUACCCCGCCGGCUGGUGCGACCUCAUGGGCUACCAGCUGCAGCCGCCUCCAGGACUCGUCAAUUUAAUGGAAAACCAGACGGGACAGAGCAAGAAAUACAAAACCCUUGCGCAUCGGAAAAGAAAAAAGAAGCCUGGAAAGAAGAGGCUCUCUCAGGAUCAAGCUGAAGAAGAUGCUGGUCAGCAGGCGGAGGUCACUGACGCUCCUUCAGGGCCGGAGGACCUCAGCCUUCCUCCAAGAGUGCCUCUCAUCCAGCCCAAACCUGAGCCCGAGGAGCAGGAGAUCUUUGCAGUGCAGGUGAAAGUGGAGGAGGUGGAGAUGGAGAUGGAGACGCCCACUGAUCCUCCACCAGUCCCUCUGGGUGUCUUUACACGGGAGGAGGGCGGAGAGAAGAGUAAGUCCGGACUACAAAGGCACCACAGCUUGGAAAGAGCAGCUCAUGCAAAGACGGAGCGGAGUGAAACUACAGCAGGAAGAAGUGAAGAGUGUGAGGAGGGAGCCACUGAGGAGACGGUGCCGUGCCCGAGGUUUCAGAGAGCAGGACACGAGAGGAGAGGCUGCAGGGAUGGAGGCGUCUAAAGACUGAAGAGGAAAAGGUGGAUGAACAGAGAGACAAUGGAUUUUGUUUAAAUGUGCGCUAUAUUUAGAACAUUUCCCUGCGUCACCCUAAAGCAGUCAUCUUUGCUCUCUUCAAAACCACCAGACUCCAUUGACAAAAACACUCAUUUUAGCUCACAGAGCUAGUUAGUGCUGCUGGUUAGUUUGUGUUAUUGUCACUUUAAAACCCAAAGGUCACACAAACUAACGAGAGCAGGAAUGGCGGACUCCGCCGCUACCAAUAACUUCUACUAUAUGUAAAUAUGAUAAAGUAGAAACUACUCAGCGGUGAGUAGGAGCUGCUGUAACACAGCCUGUGUUUGUGAAUAUGUUUUAUUAUUUAACUCGGGUGAGCAGAGACGGUUUCCUGUCGAAUGUUAUAAUGUUUUCAUCUUCUGUGAAUUGUGAUUUACUGUUUCAUGCUUUUCAACAUUAAAUAAUUAACGUAC